AUGCCACCCCAAGCGUCCCAGUCUCAGGUGAAGAGCAACAUCCUGAGGUUCCUCAGGAGUUUUUUGGGCAUCGUCCGAAUCCUGCAGAUCGUGCUCGGGGCCGGGCUGUGGGUCACCAUCGCCGCCAACAAGUACGAGGGGUCCAUCCACUUCGUCCUGUUCGUCGCGGUUCUCUUCUGGCUCCUCACCCUCACCCUUUUCUUCCUGACGCUCUUGGACAGGCAGGACCUCGUUCCUCUCCUGGGAGGGGAGCGCUGGCUGUGCACCAACCUGGCGCACGACGUGGCCGCCGCGGCGCUCUACCUGCCGGCCAUCGGGGUCAUGAUUUACAAGACCGAACGCAACUCCUACUGCAAUCUGGACCUGUACAAGCACCCCUGCCUUUACAAGGUCUACCUGACUGCCGCCGUGUUCGCCUGCCUGGGCUGCCUGGCUUAUCUCCUGGCCGUUGUUUACGGGGCGUGCAGGAAGUGUCGAGGAGAGCAAACCGUUAUUUAA